AUGGCAGUCGCCGCGCCUCGCGGCGCCCCUCUUACCGCAGAGACUGGGCUGGCCCACCGUCACCGCUGCCGCUCGCCACCCGUGUCGCGCGUCGCGCUCUCCUCUGGUCCCGCCGGCACCUCCUCCAGCCGGCUGCUCUCGCGCCGCCCGCGCCUUUGCCUCGCAGCCGCCCGCGCGCUCCCCGCUGCAGCGCCGGCCGAAGAAGCCACACGGCUAUGUGGGGAGAGCGCGCAAGGGCGUGAGCCAGAAAUUAGCGCGCGCGUUGCCGUUGCCCUUCCAGCCGCCCGCGCAGCAGGCGCGCAUGACGAUGGUGGCAGCGAGGGCGCGCAGCCUCUCUCCUCGGCCGCGCCUCUCCUUCCUCCCGCAUUCUUCUCCGCCCUCCUCUCCCUCGCGCUCCCCCCUUCCGCCAUCGCCCUCACCUUCUCCGCCUUGACGCCUCCCGCCGUCGCCACAUCCCUGCUUGCCCCUUUGCCUGCCCCGCUCGCCGCAUCCGCCGUCGUCGCGCUGCCUCUCCCCACGCUCCCCCUGGCGGCGCUGAACCUCUCCGCCGCGUGGGACUCCGUCGACGACGCGCUCUUCGCCGCGGCGCACCUGUCGGACCGCCUCGUGUCGCUGGAGCUCGCGUCGCUGUCGCCCGCGAGCGUCGCCGUGCUGUUCGCGGCGGGCGUGGCGACGUCGCUGACGCCGUGCACGCUGUCCGUGCUGCCGCUCACCGUCGGCUACAUCGCCGGCUUCCAGUCCGCCAAGCCGCGCGCCCUCAUCGCCGCCGACGCCGCCUGCUUCGCGCUCGGCCUCGCCGCCACGCGCGCCGCCAUGGGCGUCGCGGCGGCGCUCGCCGGGCGCGCGUACGGGCAGGCGGCGGGGGGCGGCGCAGGGGGGGUGGUGGCGGGGGUGCUGCCGGUGGUGGCAGGGGGCGUGGCGGUGGCCAUGGGACUCAACCUGCUCGGCCUGCUGCCUCUCCGCCUGCCCUCCCCCUUCGGCGGCUUCGACGCCAAGCAGGCGGCGGCGCGCCUCCCCAGUGCGGUGCAGAUGCUCCUCGCGGGCGCCGCCUUCGCGUUUGUGGCGUCGCCGUGCGCCACGCCCGUGCUGGCAUCGCUGCUGGCCUACGUGGCGUCCAACGGGGACGCGGUGCUGGGGGGAGCACUGCUGCUGGUGUACACGCUGGGCUUCGUGUCGCCGCUCAUGCUAGCAGCGGCCUUCACAGGCGCGCUCAAGCGCCUGCUGGCGCUGAGGCAGCACGCGCUGUGGAUCAACCCCGCCAGUGGCGCCCUGCUGCUCGCCACCGGCACCUACGCCCUCCUCGACCACACCUUCCCAGAUGCUUCCUCGCUGCCCUUCACCUCGCUCUAG